AUGAAUAAAGGAUAUAUUAAGAUUACUUUGGCACUUUUAAGUCUCGCAGGAUAUACGCAAAAUGUAGCAUUUGCAAGCGAACAUGAUGCAGAUGUUACUAUUAAGACCAGCCCCGCACGCCAAAAAACAAUAUUUGAGGAAUUCCCAAACUUGGUAUGUGAAGACAUUGAUGAAGCUUUAUUAGCAAUAGAUCAUAUAAUAGAAGCUUCAGAACUUUUAAUAAAACUUUCCAAGACUGGUAUAGACGAUUAUUCGUCCUAUUCUACAGAAAAUGGAGACAAAACUAUAUAUUCUAAGAAAAUUGGAAAUAUAGAUAUUGGAAGACUUCAUCUUACGAUCCCAUCUACCUCUAACUACUCUAACUUAUUAAAGAAACUCUGGGAUUUCAAUGAUAACAAAAAACCCGAUGAAAAGUUUAUUAAUGGAAAUCUUGUUCGUGUAUACUGCAAAUAUUUAAUCCUGCUUGAAAAACUUAACAUAGAUCCUAAUUAUACACCCCUCACAAAAAAAUAUGCUUUAGCCGCAAAAGUUAAACAUUCAAAUGACACAGCUGUAAUUGUAUAUUCUUCAAGGCCUCUAAAUUAUCUCGGUAAAUUCGAUGAUGAACCUAAUAUGAAAGAAAUAUUAGAAAAUACACAAUCAAUCGAAACUGACGUUGAUCCUGAGGAAGCAUUAACCAAAUUUGGUACUAACAUAGCCGGAUUUGUAAUUAAAAAAGGGGACAAAGAUCAAGUUGAUGUUACAUAUAUCAACGCUAUUUAUGAUGGUGGAAAUUCUACCGACUUUGACAACGAUAAAAGAGAGAGAGGAAUUGCAUAUACAAAUAUCCUAAGCUUAGCACAACGCAUUUGA